AUGAGCCAAAGUGAUAGUAUUUGGGUAAAGGUUCAGCUAAAAUCUCCCAUUGAGAAGUUCUAUGGCUUCUUCAGAAAUCAUGUGGGGGAUUUGGUCCAUAUGUUUCCUGAGCAUUACAAAGGCAUUCAACUUUUAGAAGGAGAAAAUUUCUCUGCUGGUAGUGUUGUAGUAUUUCAUUACCAUCUUGGUGGUCAAUCUUUGACAGUAAAAUGUUUACUGAGAGUAGUUGAUGAUGUGAAGAAAUGUAUAGUCUAUGAAAUUGUUGAAGGAGAUGUCCUAAAGAUUUACAAAGUGUUCAACGUAAAACUUGAAGUUAUUAAUGGAGGGUUAAACAAAGUAGGAGGAAGCUUUGCAAAAUGGACGGUUGAGUUUGAAAAGGAAAAUGAAAAUGUGCCUUCACCAGAAAGCUACUUGGGAUUGUUUGCCAAGAUUUCCAAAGGCAUUGAUGCUUAUUUUUCCAAGAACUAAAACCCCCAAACAAUAAUGUGACCUAAAGUUUGGAUGCUUUCUACUUGGUUUGUUAUUACAAAUAAGAAAUUGUGUAUCAUAUGUGUUUGUUAUGUCUAUUAUUAAGAAUAUAAUGUUUGUGGA